GUCGGCUCGGCUGGCCGAAAGCCGAGAGCUGUCCGCUUGUCGCGCGAUCCGCGCUACUCCUACGCGAGGAGUGUCAUCGGAGACGGGUUCCAGCUGAUCGGCGCACCCGCGAGAGGAAGCGGUGUUUACGAGGGGGUGCGAUGUGAUUCGUCGCGUCUCGGUGCGGACUGCGGAGAAGCGCGCGAGUACCCGAGGCGGAGAGACACGUCCGUCGGCCGAGAGCGGCGGCGGCGGCGGCUGUCCUGUCGCUGUCGCGACGAACAUUGGCAGGCGCGUUCGGCUUCGAAUGCGCUUCCCGCUCGGCACCGUCGGCUGGUCGACGAGACAUCGCCCUCGCGCAUCCCUCGAACGUACGCGGCAACCCGGGAAACCGCGCGUCAGACGUCGCGGGUUCUUGACGCGCGAUCGAGACGGUCCGCGUCCUGCUCGUUAAGCCUAUACCUUCCUUCGUGCGUCGUGCGUUGCGAGUACUCUUCCUCGUACGCACCCGCGCGUCUUCGAGGAGAGGCACCGGCUGAUCGUCGUGCGCGAUACCUCAAAGCCUCGAACGACGACGCAGGACGCAGUCGACGCCGCAGUACGCACACGUAUGCGCCGGCGGCCGGGCUUCCGCUAGUUCCGCUCGCGAUCCCCGUUGUGUUUAACGACUAUAACCUCAUGGUAUGCGCCUGGCGUCCAGUGACUCCUAAUAACUAGUAACAGUCCUAAUAGACUGCGAACUCUCUCUCUCUCGUACAAGAACGUUCUUUCCGCGAGUGCUCGCCGUUCAGAUGCGCGACACGAGUUCCUCAUGUUAAACUAAUAGGCCGAUACAAAAAAAAGUAGAGAAAAAAAGAUUAUUAGAAAAGUACGUACGUCCAUCGAUAGGAUGCCACCAAGACGAGCAGAAGAGGUGCCUAUGAAGAGAGUGGCAGCUGCAGGUUGUAAGUUGCCAGCGCAACUGCCAGCGGGAGAAAUCUUAACGGACAUUACACAGAAUAAAUGGAGGCUGGGAAAUACCAUUGGAUAUGGUGGUUUUGGAGACAUUUACCUCGCCUCUAAUGACGUCACAUCACCUGUUGGUCAAGAUGCAAAAUUUGUCGUAAAGAUCGAACCUCAUAAUAAUGGGCCAUUAUUUGUUGAAAUGAAUUUUUAUAUAAGAGCAGCUCGCAAGCACAUGAUCAAAAGUUGGUGUGAGUCUCAGGGAAAGAGAAGAAUCGGUGUUCCCACAUAUGAAGGAUCAGGCUCUCACGUUUAUCGAGGUCAACGAUACAGGUUUCUAGUGAUUCCGCGAUACGGAGUAGAUAUCGGAAAACUAUUCCUAUCCCAUAGGAAGAAAUUACCAACGAGACUGGUUAAUACAUUAGCUGUACAAAUGUUGGAUACGUUGGAAUAUAUUCACAGUAAGGGAUAUGCUCAUGCGGAUAUUAAGGGACCAAAUAUCUUGUUGUCGGAUGGUAAUGGAAUAGGAAAGGAAAAAUCUAUGGCGUACUUAGUAGACUACGGACUGGCAUAUCGUUUCCGCACAGGAACCGGUGAACAUAAACCAUUUGUACAUGAUGAAAGAAGAGCUCACGAGGGCACUUUAGAAUUUACAUCGCGGGACGCUCAUCAUGGAACCCAUUCAAGGAGAGGAGAUUUAGAGACUUUAGGAUAUAAUAUUCUACAGUGGAUGUGUGGAAAACUACCUUGGGAGAAAGAUAGUGAUGAAAUCGAUUUUGUUAUGGAUCCCGAAGAAGUUCAUCAACAAAAAGAGAUUCUCUUAUCAGACUUGCCUCUAUUUAUGGACAAGUGCUUUCCUCACAAGAAAAAACCACCAGCUGCAAUCAUGAAGUAUAUGAAGUACAUUACUGAGCUAGAAUUUGAGACCAAGCCCAACUAUUCCUAUUUACGGAAUUUAUUUCUACACAGUAGCCAAGAUGGCAAUAUUCCUACAUGUCUGUAUAAUAUGAAAGAGUCAAAUGAAAAUCUUACAAGCUCUAUAUUUUUCGAGCGACCAUAUUUGAGAGAGAGGAAACCUUGCAGGCCUGUAAAUGGCGAGAUACGAAUAACGCGAAAUACGCAGCCUAAGCCACCAGUUCAGAAAAGAGAGUUUAGUUGGGAAGCGGUGUUAGCGCUGCAUCCAGACAAACUUGCGAAAAUCAGUACUCAACUGCCACCUUCGCCUCUCACACCGCCUCUUACACCACCAUUGCCCGAGUCUCCGCGGCCACCGUCUCUGCCGACGUACGCAAUGCUAGAAGUACUUCGUAAAAUGAAGGAGAGGCAAUCAGGUUCACUUAGGCAUAAAGCUCCACCAAAAUCGUCAGAUAAUGAACUUAAACCAAAAUGGAUGACACCCGCAAUGGAAGAAGUUGCGCGUUUAAGAAAAAAGAUCGAGACGGUACCCAACUCCCAAAAUAGUUCGCGAGUGACACGUUCACGUAUGGCAAAGAGAAAACGAUUUGAAGCUCAGGAACAAGAGAUUAAGGACGAUCCGACCAAGGUUACUCAUAAAAGAAGGAAAGGCUCAUCUUAAAAGGAAACUGGGUCCUAUUAGUAUUAUAAAGACUUCUGACAAUGAUACCAUCGGCAUUCACUUUAAUAGGAAAUAUGAAAUUAAGUAUUAUUUCACAAAAUCUCAUCCAUUGACGAUGUUUUAUAGAUAUACAUCGCGCCAAUUUGUUUAAGACUGCUUCAUCAUUAUAUAAUUUGCUCUUUGAUAACGUUAUCCGAUACACAGGAUAGAACUUUUAAAUAGUUAUAUAGUGAACAAAAUAGCGGUAAUAUUAAUGAAUAAUACUAAGUGACUUCCUACUAUGAAACUGCAGAGAUUCGAUAGAAUUAAUAUGUUGAUAUAGAAACGUUGAUUGUGUGGAUGUCGUAAUAUUUUUGGAGGUGUCUAUGCAAUGUCUAUUGAUUUACGAUUGUACAAGUAAAUUUUGCAAUUUAGUUAUUAGGUUGAAUUUAUUUAACGUUAAUAUUGCGCAGUGUUAUAGGUGUGAUAUUACAUUAAAAUUAAUCAGAUUAAUCAAUAUUUUAGUUACAUAUUUAUAAUCUAAUUGGACAGUAAUAUACAAUGAUUGAUUUAACAUAGCAGGCAAUUGUAAAACUUUUCACAUUCUCAUCUCUUGUUUUUUGAACAGAUAUUCAGAUACAAAAAUAAACUUACGCAAAAUAGCAAAGAUAAUUAUAUAAAAAGAAUUAUGAUGGAUAAUUACGGAUAAUACAUCACAAAAUCUUGUUUUAAGCAUAUUCUUGUGCAAUAUAUAGUAGAUCAUAAAGAAAUAUCAAAGGAAAGAGGUAACGUGAAUCUGUUUCUUUAUAAAAAUCUUGUUUUCCAUAAGUACUGUGUCUUUCCCUAUUUAACUGCUAAAGGAUGAUUGUAAAAUAUUAAGGAAUUAUCUAUGUGUUUACAUAUGUGACUUGAUCAACGUUUCAUACAAGAUUGAGCAGUAUAGGAAGAGGAUAGCACAGAUUCUUUGCGCAUUACGCACGUUGUGCGCUUUCCUUUGUUAACAUCGACCCUGUAAAUACGGCAUUUCUUCAUGAAACUAAUUCGUUCGCUAAUUUUUACAAUAACGUAUUUCAAAGGUAUAUUAAUUUCAAUGGUAAUCGUAAUGUAAUAUACAUUAAAUAUACAUUAAAUUUAUGACACUUAAAUCAUGACACGUAAAAGUGGUUCUGAUGUUUGAAGGAGGAUAAUAAGAUUCACCACAGAGAGAAGAACAGUAGUAAAACAUAUGACCGAAAUAACCACGUUCUUUUAUAUGCUAUACGAGUGAGAGAUUUGAUAAAUCGAUCGCAUAACUUUUUGAGCUUAUAUAUCGGAAGUACGCGAUUUAGUCAAAUUUACUUUCACACUAUGCUGUGACUUUUCAUCUUCGAUAGUGUUAGGUAGGUAUCUCUAAUCUCUAAGUUUAGGAAACAUUUAUUAAUUGACGUUUAAUCAUUGUUAACGCUUCGGUUAUCGUGAUUCACUUACUGAUUAUGUUAAAACUUUUUUACAAUACAUUUGUGAUAAUUUAUUUCUAUCAUCUUAAGUUAAUGUAUACAUUUAUAUAUGUACCUGUGUGCCACUAGAACAUCGUCACUGCUCGAGACUAACUGUCAUUGAUCGCGCAUCAUUCGUAUUUAUAUUUUAUUUUUACUUGCGAAAUUUUUUUAUCAUUUUGUUUCAGUGCAGAAAUGGUAGGUACUUGAUAUCCUGGAAAGUAUCCAAGAAACUGUCUGUUUAAUUAAAUUCCGCGCGCGAGAUAGAUUUGGAAGGAUAAUGGCGAAUUCUCUUUGCAGAGAGUCUUAUCCAUUCAAUAUUUUAUACGGCCAAAUAUAUUAUUACUUUGUAUAAGUUGAUAUCUGGCAAUAAAACGAACUUUAUAGUGGUAACAAAUAAAGUCACAAGGGCGCAUUAAUUCUCCUAAGUAUUGUUAGAGAAACACCUAUUGUUUCGUAAGGCGCGAUAAUUUAAGUUUAAGCGAGAGAGAUGUGUAACUACGAUCGGAGAUGUAACUACUAGAUAAUCACAGAAGAAAAAGUGUAUGUAAAGAAAAAACUGUAUUAGAUUAUAUAUACUCGCAUCGGCAUUUUUCUUAUAUAGCGAUCUUGUAUAUGUACGUUGUUUAUUACGAUGCGAAAUAUAAAACGAAUAUAUAUGUAUGAUCAAUA